AUGGUUAGCCCGACGUUUCCUUUUCUCGGUGCUGCUCGCAUGGGGAGUAUUGGCGGACCCAGCGGGACCGUUCCCGUUGGACACCAUGCCAUGGCCGGUACUCCGUCAUCACAAUCGCCGUUUGCUUCUUCCACGCCCACUGCUGCGGCCACGACGUUUUCAUUCACCUAUCCCAACGAUCCCUCUAUGACAGGGCAUAACGGAUUGAUAUCACCCCCUGGGUCACGCCGAACGUCUGGGGACGAUAAGGAUCAACGAAAAGCUCCAGCGACUGCACCUCAGCGACAAUCACUCCCGUCCAUCCACGAGGCCCUUCGUUCCGAUCCGGUUUCUCCUUUUGCGGUUCAACCACCAUCAAACGCAUCCCCUCGCGGUCACAAUGCCUACCCACAACCCGUUCCUCCGCAGUCUGUUACCGCAUCCGGCCCAACAGAUCCGUUCAAGAAGUCAUACCCUUCAGAGUCCAUGCCUGGGUCCUCAUCAACCCCGCAUCUUCAACAUCCGCAGACCUCAUCGUCAUCCACGUCAUUCUUGAGCAAACCUCCGCAGCCAAUACAUGCUCCUCAACCGCCUCCAAAUCCUCCUGACCAGAUUCCGUCGUUUUCCAAUAUCCCCUCAAGCUCACAUAACUCAAAAUUCUCUCUCCAUCCUCCCAACACUACAAGUACCGUGUCGUCUCCGAACGCUACCCGACCGAUGCCCUUCCCGCCGUACCCAGCUACCCAUUCCCACUCUCAGCUUCCAUCUCCCGGGUUUGAUCACUCUCCGCACCCGCCACAGUCCGCCUCCACUGUGCCUCCUCCCCCUCCACAGCCUUCCACACCGUUUGCAUAUCAUUCACAGUUUCCACCCCCAUAUCCGUACUCGCAGCAACCACAUCAAACCCAGCAACCAGGUUCUUCCCAACCAGGACAGCAACCGGGCGGAGCAACAGCUUCGGGGUUCCCCCCUGCACCUCCGAUGCCAUUUGCGGGGCCGCCAAGACCCGGAACCGAGACAUACGGUGCGAACAUCAAGCGUCACUUAGAAAGUUUCGACUUCGAGUCAUCCUUGAACGAGAUCGCCGAAGGUUCCGGGCAGAUACUCGAUUUCGCCAAGCACUUCGGCCAGCGGCCGCCACCUCCCGCACCGCAUGGGAUGCCACCCCACCACCGCUCCAGCAUCGCGCUACCGUCCCCGACGGAUGUGGACACGCUUCUGCAAAAAGGGCAGCGGGUCCAAGAGGCCUUGAUGCGCAUCCGAGAGUUCGCGCUGAACCAGCAGGCCAUCGCGGAGCAGGAGCACGAGGCGCGGUUCAAAGGCAACGGGAUGUUUGCGGGGGGUGCGGUCGGUGGAGCGAUGGAUCGGUAUGAGUAUGAUGUGGAUACGAAGGGUGGUGGGGCAGGCGGGUAUCCACCCGAUGCGAAGAAGAGGCGAGGGAGAGCGGCACCCCCUGGUCGAUGCCACAGUUGUAAUCGAGCGGAAACACCGGAGUGGAGGAGGGGUCCGGAUGGAGCAAGGACUUUGUGUAAUGCUUGCGGACUACACUACGCGAAGCUCACCAGGAAGAUGGGCGCUAAUAAUAAGACCGCAAUUGGAUCAUCGAAUCUAAGACCUAAGAGCAUCGGUCCCAGUUCACCUCCGCAGCCCGGAUCCCAUGAUACGGCAUCUCCCGAUCUACAUCCUGCGCGGAUCUAA